AUGUCUCUAGCCUCGGAUUCAAGUCAAGAAGUCAUUACAAAGAAAGGAAUACCCAACAAUGCUCACCCUCAUCUUCAAGUACCAACUGUUGUUUUCAGCCUUGAACCUCUCCAAUCUGUGUCUAGUCUACUAAGGACCCGCGGAAUGGGGCAUGGUUGGUCACUUGACAAUCUUGUUCAAAUGUGGGUGGCAGAAGGAUUAGUUGUACAAGAAAAGAGGAGAGCAAUUUGGGAUGUUGGCAGGAACUAUUUCAAUGAUUUGUUAGGGAGGUCAUUUUUCUAUGCGUCUGAUUUGGUUGGUUACCGACAGCAGUACAAAAUGCAUGGCCUGCUCCACAAAUUGGCUGAACUGAUUUCGUCAGAUUUAUGCUUCCGAGUGGAGGAUACAAAGAUGGAGAUGAAAUUAUUAGGGAAACACAAAGGUGCUCAACAUUCAUCUCUGACUUGUUCUGACUUUUUUCAGCCAUCAAGUUUAGAGCCAUUCCAUAGAUUCAAGAGACUAAGGACCUUCAUGUUAGAUGGGCUUGAAGGUGAAAUAGUUGAUUCUGGUUUCUUUAAAAAGCUGAAGCAUUUAAGGACCUUGCAUUUUAGAGGACUUGAUAUGAGAUUCAUUCCAGAUGCUAUUGAGCAUCUCAUACAUUUGCGUUAUCUUGAUGGCUCUUACUCAAAAAUAGAGGAGUUGCCUAGAGGAAUUGCUAAGAUAAUUGGAUUGCAGACAAUCAAACUUAGGGGUUGCAAGAACUUGAGACGUUUGCCCAAGAAUAUGAAAAAGUUGAUAGAAUUGCAACAUCUUGAAUUGGGUAGUGACACUCAACUUAUGUUCAUGCCACCAAAAUUUGGGAACUUAAAACAAUUGGAGACAGUUGAUGUGUUUGUUGUUGGGGACAAGCAAGGGAGCUCCAUUGCAGAACUUGAGAACUUAAAAAAUAUCAAAGGAGACCCUGAAGGAUCGUGCUUAACACAAGAAGGGGUUCUGAAUUUUCAGCAAUAUAUCAAACAUGAGUAUAUGUCAAAUUCACAUAGUAUUAGGCAAAAAUCUCAUUUAAAGCAUAGGUCCAACAAAGAAGAGGCAGAGACUGCGAAGUUGAGUGGAAAAUUGCACUCGGAAAACCUACAAUUGCGAUGGAAUCAAGAAAGUGAUAGCCAGCUUCAAUUAGAGGUGCUUAAUAGUCUUCAACCUCAUAUGGGAUUAAAGCGGUUGACAAUCGAAAAUUAUGGGCAUUUGGGGUUUUCAAAUUGGUUAGCUGACCCAUUAUUUUCUACUCUUAUCGAGCUCAAGUUGAAGGAUUGUCGAAAGUGUGCAUAUCUUCCUCUUCUCGGUCAACUUCCAGCUCUUGAAAUUCUUCUGAUUAAUGGGAUGCAUGAACUUGAAGAAAUUGACUCAACCUUCUGCGGUUUUGGGGAAGUAGGGGUUUCAUGUCAUUGA